CUUGAAAUAUGUUUAACUACAAUUAUGUUACGUCGCAGCAACUUGCUGGCUUCGACAAAUACAAGUACAAUGCAGUGGAUACCAAUCCGCUAUCAGUGUAUGUUAUGCAGCAUCUGUGGAACAGGAUUGUGAAGGACCAAAUGGCUUCCUUGAUAGCAAGUGACUCCGGACCAGAUCUGUGCCAGCCUUGGGCCAGAAUCAAGGAAGAUCCGGCCUGGAGUUGUUUGCUGUCUGGGUUAUUUUUUGAGGCUUAAUUAUAUUAGUACAAAGAAAUACAUUAAUACAAAAAAUGUAAUUAGGGGCAGGCCAUUUUGAAUCUGAAAAUGUAAUUUCCCAAUGGAAACGACAAUAAUCAUUCAGUGACCAGAACCUUAUCUGAAUUUACAGAAUAUCAUAUUUUACAAAACUGUUUAAACUGUUUCUGUUUAAGGAAAUUGUCAGAUCACACUGUUGGUUAAUGAUUUACUCUAGUCAUUGUCUUGUAUUUUUUCCUUUUCUACAACGUACUGUAGAUACUAUACAUACAAUCGGCCCCAGAAUUAUUGGCACCCUUGAUAGAAAAAAGGUUGUAUUUAGUGAUCAAAACAGAUAAUAAUCAAUAUAUUUUAUACUCAAACAUAUAGGAAACUUAUGUAUAUGCAAUAUGUACUUUUAUUUCAAUACAUUUAUUCAAAUUUUUCAGUGUCUUGUAUUAAGUAAUCUUUAAUUAAGUUUUUUUUUUCUGAAAGCCAUAGGUGAAAACCAAUGAUUGGAAAUAAAGUCAGUACAAUUGGCAAUACAAUUUUACUUAAUUUAGUCAGUCGCAGCCUUGCAGCUCAGAUGCAUCAUUCCAUCACUUUUGAUUUCACUAUUGUAUAAAAAUGAAGUAAGCAUGCUAAAUCCCUUUGUCAUCCAUCAGCAUGGGAAAAGCUAAAGAACUUUCAAUUCAGAUGAGACAGAUGGCUACUGACCACCACAAGUCUGUGCCCCUGUGGAUUGCUCCAAAUUUAUUAACAUUUACUGGUUUUUUACUUAUUUUAAUAAACUACUUCCUGCUGUCAUUUUAUGACUGGAAUUACACAGCAUCAGGUCCUGGUUCACAGCAUGUUCCAGACUGGGUAUGGACUGUUUCCGGCUUGGCUACAUUCUCAGCUUAUGCUUUAGACUCGAUAGACGGUAAACAUGCUCGGCGCACCAUGUCCAGUAGCCCUCUGGGAGAGCUCUUUGACCACGGCCUGGACAGCUGGGCUACCUCCCUCUUCAGCCUCUCGCUCUUCUCUGUAUUUGGGAUCGUCGAAGGGAGCGGCAUCUCGUCCUACACCUUCUACUGUGCCCUGUGCAUCGUCCUGCUCACCUUUAUCCUCUCUCACUGGGAGAAAUAUAACACUGGAGUUCUCUUCCUCCCCUGGGGGUAUGACAUAAGCCAAGUGACGCUAAUUGUUGUGUAUCUGCUGACGGCAAUAAGUGGGAUAGAAGUCUGGUACAAGCCUUUCUUCUUUGGUUAUUUCUUUACGGAUGUAUUAAUAGCCAUGGUCAUAGGCUGCAGUGCCUUCCUCUCCAUACCCCAGACACUGUACAACAUCUAUCUGGCUCACAGGAGAGGGACACUCCUGAGGAACUCACUCUAUGAAGGGCUCCUGCCCCUCCUCUCUCCCAGUCUGCUCUUCAUCCUCCUCACCAUAUGGGUCAUGACUUCACCCAGCGACAUCGUCACCCACAACCCCAGAAUAUUCUGCUGGAUGACCGGAGUGGCCUUCUCCAACGUCACAUGCAGACUUAUAAUUUGCCAAAUGACUGACACAAGGACUGAGGCGUUUCACUGGCUCCUGCUUCCAUUAGCUGGAAUCAGCGGCGGAGUCGCUACAGGGGUUCUGGUGCAGAGCGAGUUCCUUUGCCUGGUGGCCUACAGUUCCCUGGUCACCGGGGCUCAUGUUCACUAUGGGGUCUGUGUGGUGAAACAGCUGAGUAAACACUUGAACAUUUACAUCUUCUCUCUGGAUAAACGGCAUCAGGAAUAACUUUGCCCACUGACCUAGAGCUACCAUGAUGACUUCAAUCAAACUUUACUGUUACAAACCGGAAAAAAUCUAAAUACUGUACUACAAAGACCAAAGGGGUAUGGGAUUAGUAUGGUUUCAAAUGUUGUGUCUGAGGAAGGUGUUGCAACUUCUCAGGUAAGCAAUUGAGAUAUUGGAACAUUUAAAGUGCCAUUUACAAUUUUUAGACCUGAAAAUAACACUCUAUAUUUGUGGGACAUUCUCAGGAAAACAUGCUUUUUAUGUGCCCAGACUAUACAUAUUUCAGGGAGGAAACCGCUUCAUAAUUACAGUUCAAGACAUUGUGUUCAAAAUACAGUAAAAUAAAUGUAAAGAAAAAUUACAUUUUAGCAUUUUAGGCCAUCCCGCACUUUUGUUCAACCCCACCUGUAAAAAUAAUGGAAUCUUCCAUUUGACAUCAUUCUUGAGGAAAUUAAGUUUAAGUCUUUUGAAGAACAUGGUUAGAAAAGAGAUAAGCUCAUCUUAUGUUUUAUCUGUUUUUCAUGUCUGAUUAAGCUUGUCAACUCUUAUUUAAACUUCUAUACUGUUACAUUCUAUUAAGAAAGUCCAAGAAACAAGAUUUCUAAAAGUUGCCAUUGUGGUACUAUGGGUUGGAGCUACAGCCAUUAUUGGACAUUUUGUUCAACCCUGUAACAUUGAAGUCACACUUUUUCUUUAUUUUUUUUUAAUUUAUUUUUUUAGUCUCUCACUUUGUCUGUCCGGGAAUUUAAUUCAUUAAAUUAAGUUCACUUUGAAUUGUGCAACCUUGUUGCACUGGAUUCAGCCCUGUUACAGGAUGAAUGUGUUAUUUUUACUAUAAUAAAAUAUAUUGAGGUAAUAAUGGGCUGUUUGUGAGUGAAUAUUAUUGUCACACUCACAAUCAGUUGAAUAUAUUCAGCAAUAUAAAAAAUACAGCGUUAUUUGGAUUAGCAAUGGUCUGGGAAUUCCAAUUAAAUUCAUACUUAUGGUAAUUCUUAAACAAGGACAUGAUGGAUAUUUAUCUGGUAGUGGUGGAAUAUUUUGAGUCGUAUUUAUGGAACAUUAUCUAAAAUAAUGUGUAAAAAUUAAAUAUAAAAUAUAAAAGAUCAUUUUUUCCUGAGGUGGGAAAAUAGUUUUGAGGUAUGGAAUAAGGCCUUUAUAAAAUUCUAUUAGUAUGAUUUAAAAAAUAUACAAUUUCUUUCCUGAGUUGGCAAAUCCAAAAGGUCACAUUUUCCUGAGAAUGUCUUUUAUACAUGUAAGAAUACUGGUACUAGAACUGUAACAUCUCAAAAUAAAUAUGUUGCUAAUCUCAUGCGUAGAACAAAAUAACUGAUCUUGGCUACAGAGACUUUAAUAAUGGAUAGAAUGGCAAUUUGUUAAUGGAAAUGUACGUAAGAGCGAUGUUGAUAUCUACUUACGUAAGCAACUAGCCUAGUGGACAAUUUGGGAAAAUAUGAAAUAACUGGCCCCAAUGUGCAUCACACAUUGGCAACAUUAUUUAUGCAGCUCUCGUGAACUGAUAUACGAAUAAAUGGGACUACAAUGUGGGGCUUGAAGAAACCAUGUUAUACCAUUUUCCAACAAAAACAAAUUGGUAAUAAAUGGAACACAUUUUGCACACAAGCAAAUAUGCUCAGAAUAAUGUGUGGUUACAUUCUCAUGGAAAUGUAGCUACUGAAAACACUGCUAAUAGGGGGUGAAUGGAUAGCAAGUACAAGCUUAAAGUAGUACAAUUGCUUGAUAUUACAUCUCACUCAGGAAUUUACAGAUUUAUUUAUCUACUGCCCUGUUCUAUGUCAACACUGUGGCAUUUAUAAACCCAUUUACUACUGCCAAGAGUAAUGAGCUGUUUGUAUUGAAUUUACUCAGCACACACUGUUCAGAUUCAAAAGCUCUAGAAGUACAAAGCUUGAAAAACAUCUAUUGCACUCAAUGUCUUCCAUGUCAGAGAAGUAUAAUAUGAUCACAUUUUAAGCAAUAUGACUAUGGCAAAACUAACGCAAAGGAUAUCCAAUUUUUACAGUAGUAAAGUAGUGAGUCAAUGCCAAAACAAAAUGUAGCAUUGACAAAUUGGUUUUUGAGUCUUAUUUUAUUAAUAAGUAGAUACAGCAUUCCACUGCCAGUACUUUGUUAAUCCAGUUCUGUAGAAUUUGACUCAUUUUAUUGUAAAAUUGAGAUCUAUAUUUCUUGCAUGUAGUUUUCAUGUAGUUUCAGACUUUUGUCUCUGGUUGCACAAAUAUGCAUUUUAAUACAUCUGAAUGAUGCCAUGCAGAUUCUACAAACGGCAGCAGGAUAGGCUUUUAAGUGAGGAGAUUGAUCUUGCUUCUCUGUUGAAGCUCUGGUGUUGCAAUGACUGCAGUGGUUCAACCGGCCUAUCCGCACAACUGAACAUUCAAAACUUGGAGAAAGAUUUUGGUUUGGGGGAGGGUACAUAGCGCAGUCACUGGAUGAGUCCUGGAGUUGCCAUUUCCUCCAGAUGUUUCCUGCCUCAGAAUCAAUCAUAUAUCAUCCAGAUUCACUUGGACAAUGAAGUCAGGAAGCCCUUGCUUUCUUUGGGAUUUCAAAUUGACCUUUGCGUUAUCAUUAAUGACAAAAUAGCACCAGAAUAUCCAGUGGGGAUCCUCAGUCUUAGCCUUGCUGGGAGGCCGACUGAAGCCCUUCGCCACUUUAGAGUUCAAAAUGAGAGGCUCCUAUUUACAAAGGAAAAAUACCAGCUAAUCACAAGACAGAAAUAAAUCAUUUCCACAAGUUGGAAAUUAUUUUAGAUCUCAACAUUGAUUAAAAACAUUUAUUUGCCAUUUGAACUCAAUUGCUGGGGGAAAGCCUGGGCAACCCUUGUGCCUGUUAGUGAAGGUGCUCAACCCCAGAGCAGGCUAAACACUAUAAGCCUGCAUAUCUCUGCCAAGAUUAUUAUUAACUGGCUAUGACAGGUAGUCCAUGGCACUAGGACACAAUGGGAGAGUGUGGAUUUGAGUCAGCCUGGGAACCAUUGUGUGAGUGCCACUUACAUACUCAUUAGACACCAACAGGUUCCUAGUUGCCAUCACUGAACAAUAUCCCUCUCUUCUCAUAGGUGCUAGUUGUCCUGUAAUGCCGUGUAGCUUAUAGCACAGCACAGCCCCUGGUUUUUGGACACACAUUACAGGCUGCCUGUAACACCUGUGUGAGUGACAAAGCACUGACAUGCAGAGUAAAUCUGGCCAUUCUACAAAAUGGGGAGAGAAGAAGGAAACUGGAAACCCAAUUAACAAUAGAGCAGAUUACUUCAGCUUUGUCUAAAAUAACUAAUCAUUGAACAAUAGACUGAACAGAUUGCAAGUCCAAACUUGAAAACCUGAAUAGGAACAUACAAAAGCACAUAGUAUUGCCUGUUACUGUAACUGAUUUUGAAUGUAAUGAAUUUUAAGUGUUGAUACACCUAGAAAUGUUGUUUUGAAAAAUGUGGUACGAGUAAUAUUCUCUAAAAGUGGUUUUUAGUAGUAACAGAUAUUUUAUAAUACAAUUCAAACUUAAUAUCAUGGACUGGUGUGACUCAUUUUUUUAGUGUAAAAUGUGUGCAUUAGAUUUUUAUUUUCCAUUAAUAUUUCUGCAGGUUGCGUCCUUGCACGUAUUAUUUUUCUCCAUUUUAAAUUUGUACCCAAUAAAAAAAAGUCUGAUGCACUUCGCUGAAAUGUUUACUUGUACAUGGUUAUGCAUUGUGUUUAAAUACAUGGAUUGCCAUCCUCAUGCCAAUAUGCAGAAGCCUGUGUGAGAUUAACAUUCCCUGACCCUGAAAGAGUGGACCUACAUUCUGAUGCAUUAAAUAUCAAGCCAAUGUUUUACAUUUUGUACAAAUAAAAUACUUUAUCAAAUAUUGCA